AUAGUUCGUGUAACAUCUAUAAAUAAUGAUUCAACACCAAAUAAUGAUAUAAGACGUAAUGUUAAAUUUAAAAAAUUACCUGGUGGUCUUAAAACUGAAACAGAAAUAAUUCAUGGUUGUGUAUUUACAAAAAAUGUUGUACAUCGUUGUAUGCCAUCAAAAAUUGAUGGACCACGUGUUUUAUUACUUAAAUCACAAAUUGAAUAUCAACGUAGUGAUGAUCAUCGUUUAACAACAUUGGAACCUGUACUUAAUCAAGAACAACAUUAUCUUUAUUCAUAUGUUGAUAAAAUUAAUUCACAUUUUAAACCUGAUAUACUUGUUGUGGAAAAAAGUGUUAGCAGAUUAGCACAAGAUUUUAUUAUAUCAAAUGGUGUUGUAUUAAUAUAUAAUGUAAAAGAAAGUAUAAUGCAACGUUUAUCAAAAUGUUUACGUACAACAAUAAUGACAUCAAUUGAUAGUCGUUUACCAUCAAAUAUUCAAACACCAUUAGGUCGUUGUGAAUAUUUUCAAAUAAAAGAAUAUGAAUUAAAUAAUAGUUAUAAAAAACGUUUAAUGUUAUUUGCUGGUUGUCCACCUGAAUAUGGUUGUACUGUAUUAAUACGUGGUGGUACAUUACAACAAUUAAAAGUUGUUAAAUCUAUUAUGCGUUUAUUUUUACUUAUAACAUAUAGUACACAAUUAGAACAAUCAUUUUUAAAUGAUUGUUAUGGACAAAUAAAUGAUAAUUAUAAUGAUUAUUUAUUAUUAAUAAAACAAUUUAAUUUAGAACAAUAUAUUGAUACAAUUAUAACAAAUAAACAAUCAAUUAUUGAUUUAAUAACAAAUGGUCUUCUUUUAUCAACAUCACCAUAUGUUAAAUAUAAUAUUCCAUAUAUUUUAACAUAUACAUAUCGACAAUAUGUACCAAGUGAAUUACUUUAUCAAAAUAUAUAUAAUAAUAAAUAUCAACAAAAACGAGAUAAUAGUAAUUGUUCAUUUGAUGAUGAUAAACAAAUAAAAGAUACAAAUAUAUAUAGUUGGUUUUAUAAUUCACCAUAUAAUAAUGAAAUUAUUCAUGUUCAUGAUAAACAUAAAUUUAUUAAAGAUAAUACGAUUUUACCUGGUAUUGAUCAAAAUUCGAAAGUAAAUAAUUAG